AUGCUGCACGACUACUUUGCUUUCAACGCGACUAGUACGAGCAAACAGGCUGCAUCCUCUCAUAACGCAGUCAAAACAAGGCAAGACCCUAAUAUGCUGCCGCCGGUACUGAUCGGCACAGCCCUGAUUGAGGUUAAGUCAAAGUCCGGACACAAGGUCGUUUUACGAGCUUUACUGGACAGCGGGGCAGAAGCAACGUUCAUCAGCGAAUCCGCAGUCAACUUGUUACACUUGGUGAAGUCUAAUGUAAAGAUACCUAUUAAUGGUGCUAACGGUGAUAGAGUGGCUACAGCAAAGGGGCUAGUAACGUUUAAUCUACGUUCAUUGAAAUCCGACUUCGAGCUUGCAUGCAUCGCUCUAGUGCUGCCUCGAGUUGGAAACCGAACCCCGACGGUAGCUAUUGCACCGAACGAUGUUCAACACUUUAGUGAGUUAGACCUUGCUGAUCCCACCUGGAACGUACCGCAACCGAUUGAUGUCAUCUUAAAUGCUGCCGAUUAUGCUGCUCUUCUGUUAAGCGGAAUACAGCGUAGCAAAACUAGUCUUUUGAUUGGCCAAAGUACACGGUUGGGUUGGGUAAUUUUCGGCAGUUCUGCUAAUCAAUCUUUCGUAACGACACGGGAUGUGAUCGACUGCUAUCAAACUCAACUCGAUCUCGACCAAACGCUUCGCAGCUUCUGGGAGUUGGAAGAGCUUAAUUCAACGCCCGCACUAACGCAAGAUGAUCGAUUCGUCGAGAAUUACUUCAACCGCACUACGCGGCGAGCUGCAGACGGUCGUUAUAUUGUGCGGCUACCAGUCAAACCGGAUUCUGAUCUAACGCAAUUAGCCUCUACGCACCAUGAUGCGAUUGUUCUCCUCGAUCAUCUUCGUCGACGUUUAUCUCGAGAUCCGGUCAUGCGAGAUAUGUACGAAGAAUUUAUCAACGAGUAG